CUUCCAAUCUACUGACGUCAUUUGAUCUUAUAAAAAGCUUUGAAAGGGAGUUGGGAAAGGAAAGAGCAGAGGAGACUUGAUCCACAGGCAGAGAGAUCGGCAAAAGCACCACAACCAAGUCUGACUGUGCUGUCUCCAGGUGCAGCCAGAACUCGCACACUUUCGGUCCAAAGUAGAGGAGAACAUGAAGAUCUUCUGGCUUGUGCUCUGUGGACUAUCCGUGGCUCUCCUGUCUGUGAGGAUGGAAGCUAAACCCUUGUUUGACAUACAAGAUCUCACACAGCUACUGGAUGAGCAAAUAGCCCAUAGCCUUUCCUCGCAUGAAAGAGAAGCCAUUGCAGAGCUGAAAGGUGAGGUUCAAGUCCGACCUCUGCGGGAUCUCAGAUACGACACCAAAUCCAGGAGGGCCUGGGCACGGCUGGUCGGGGAUAAACCCAGGACGAUGAAGAAGCCCAGCACCCACAGCUGCUACCGCCGUAAACUGGACAGAAUUGGAACCAUUUCCACACUGGGCUGUUAAUCGGGCGCCACUUCGCGUCCGCAAGACACAGGGCUGCUGAUGAACUCUGAACAGUAGACACGUGCUUCACAUCAUCGCCUACGAUAGUACAGUUAUCUGUUUAACAAGAAAGGAAACGGGAUUCCUUCCGGUACGACAAACCACAUCACCAGCAUCUUUAUCAUCAAGGAGCGUGAAGGAAAGUGUUGUAGGAACUAAUGCAGAUAUAAACCUGUCCUCCUGUAAAUUGUUUUUAUUUCAUUUCUGCCUAAAUGUAUUUAUGUUUCAGCUAUUUAUAUGUUUAUAAAA